AUGUCUGGCACGAGCUCGAACUCGGCGGGCUCGGUGGUGCCGACGGCGCGUUCGCCGAGCAUUGUGACCGCCUACUCGCACACGGAUACCGACAAGACGGCGUUGUCGAAGUCGGCCAACACCGCCAUCGGCGCCACCGAUUCCGAGCUUCAUGGACGCGUUGGAAUGACCGACACGUCGGCGGGCUCGUAUCGCGGCAAUUCGAAGUCGGAUGAGACGUCGACGGCGUUGUCGCCGAAAUCGCCGGACAUCAUUUUAAGUAAUUUGCGACGUGGAGCGGUAUUUGGCACUUCAAAUCGUGGCAAUUCUUCUCAACCGCCAGAACCAAAUGCAAACAGUAUUACAUAUGUCACAUUUUCAAAUAAUAAUUCCACGGUUACCGGCUCGCAAAUCAGCGAACCAGAAUCGUCGAAACAAUCGGUUUCGUCGAAAUUGUCGGAAGCGCGGUUGUCGCGUGUCCAAAAAUUGACGCAAGGCGUCGAUUCGCAGGCAAAAGCCGUCGAGAAGCAACGAAUGGCUGAGAAAUUAAAAAAGAAGCAGGAGGAGAUUCGGCGGCGACGCGAGAAGGAAGCGCAAGAGCGGAAUGAGAAGAUUCGCGCUCAAAAUUUGCGCGAGAUUUCCGAUUUAUCGACGGGAAAAAGCAAGAUGUCGUCAGCCUCACAAAAAUCAAAAGCGCCGCCGAAAUUGCGUCUUCGCGACAGUGUUGCCCAAUCGGCGAGAUCUGGACGCUCGAUGAGCACUGCGAGAAGUAAAUUUACGUCGUCCAACAACUCCGAAUCGCCGAGCAGUGCGAAAAGUGUGAAGAAGAGCCAAAAAACGACGCACCGCAAAACGACGAAGAAGCCGGCGAGAAGCGCUCGCCGAAAGCCGAAAGAGUCGGACUCGUCGGAAUCGGGAACCGAGAGCACCGAAGGCUCGGCGAAAUCGUUGAAGACCGCGAAAAUGUCGGACAAUAGUGAGAGAAGCUGCAAAAAUUCGCCGAAUGCUCUCGUCAAGCAAAACGUCGAGGGCCAAAUGAAGAAGUUGGCCGACGAUCAGAAGCGCGCUGUCGAACAGUCGGCCAAAUCGAAGAAGCCGAUGAUGUCGCGCCCGACGUCGUAUGUGUUCCCGGGAGCCGGCAGAACGACAAUGUCGAUGGUGACGACGGCUCAGGCAUCUGGAGGACUCAAAGCUCCACCGCCACCACCCGCCCAUCAAGUCUAUGAUGUCUCAAAAUUGAGCAACAGCCAACGCGGUUUCACUCCGGCGCCGAAUCAGUCGAACAAACCGCGAUCGUUGUUUGGAAACGGAAACGCGAGACCGAUUGCGGCUCGUCCGGCUCCGCCGCCAUCGGCGUCCAACGUCUCGAUGCGCCAACACGCGUCGUCUGGCGGCAACAAGGUUGUGCUGUACGGCACGACGCCCGACGGCAAGAAUCAGGUGGAGUUUUCGAUAUUCAUGCGAAUUGUGAGCGGCGAAGCGUUGGGACCAUCGAACGCGCCGGUGGAUUUGGUGCCGAAAAAGGUGAUCAUCGGCGGAAAAGAGAUAUCGGUGGACAUGACGACGAGCGAGCCGAAGAAGAAGAUUGAGAAGGAGAUGCAGAUUUAG